UCCAAAAGUUAACUCCUUACAGAGCCUCCAAACCAAGUACGUCUGUAUUCAUGUAAUGUGUUUUCUCUCAAUUUUAAACCUCGUUUAUGUUGGACCCAGGUUGGACCCCAGCUUUCCUACAGUCUGAGACUGCAGAUUUCAUACAGAAACCAGAUGUUCCCGGGUUUGGCAGUGGCGCUAUAUAAUUGCUUUGGUGACUUUAAUCUGUCGUGGUAAGAAUGAUGACUGAUGUGCAGGAUACUUUGUACACAUACUGUAUACUGAUUACAAUACAAACGCGGUUAUUCAAUAUAGGGCUCCCUGUGAUAUGCAAAUAUGCAACAGUCUGGCAAUUACAUGUAAAUGUAAUGCGUCAUGGUAGGAUAUAUAAUAUAUGCAACACAAUUAUUCCUUUGAGGGUAAAGGCAUGUGCAAAAUGCGUAAAAUACGUUUAGUUGUUUUGUUCAAAGAUGCAUUUUUUCAAGCUAUAAACUGCAUGGUAGUUACAUUUAUGAAGGAUAUUAAUAUGAGCAUUACGUUAGGAACACUAUGUUCUAAUGAACACAGGAUAUGCUUUUCUAUUUAGGAAUCUUAUGUACAGUUUAACCUGAGAUCCGAUUUGGGGCUACGUCCUAUAAGAGGGAAUGUCAAUGUAGUCAUUCUUCGAAAUGUUUUGGAACAUUUUAUUUUAAAAACACCCCACUUCGAUGGAGCACAGCUACAGAAGUGACUUUUUGUAGCAGGUUAGGAGAGCGUUUUAUCUAACCCUAACCUUACCCAAGUUCCUAACCUUAACCUAAUUAUCCUAAACUGCUACGUUAUUUCUCCUAACCAGCUUCAUAAAUUCUCCCAACCUGCUACGAAAACGUCAUUUCCGGUGGUAGCUGUAUUGAAAGUGGCGUGUUUUUGGGGAAUCACGUUUUUCCAUUGCUUCUUCUGUGGUGUCAUUUGAAUGCUAGACAACUGGGAGAUGGUCUGGGUCCGUUUUCCCAAACGUAUUUUAAGGCUAAAUUCAUCGUUCGAACUUUCGUAGGAACAUCGUCAAAUCCGUUUCCCAAAACCAUCCAUCAGUAAAGUUACUCUUGAAAACGCUCGUUAUUUAACGACUGUCUCAGAACAGUCGUAGAACAGCUAAGUGGGUCGUCCAUUAGAUGUUUUUUUGUCCUUCCGCCUCACUUUAUACACAGAUCUCCGCUAAACAAAAGCCAGAUGUUUAUUUGUCUUUCUGUGACUACAGAUAACUUUAAAGAGACUGUGACUACAAAUAUAAGGUUUCCAAUUUCUUUGCAAUUGUUACUAAAUGCGAAGGAUACAAAUAUGAUUAAAUGAAAACCGCGGUGUUUAUUCGAAUACAGAUUGGCUACGUAUACCAAUAUGCUGUUUUUCAAUGAUAUUAAAACAAAUGUCAUGUUUAUUCAAUUUAUUUUUAUUUAGCUAUUUGUACGUUACUGUCUGUAAUUUUUGCCUCAAUAUAUUUAAUGAUGUGGAACCUCUUGAUUUAGUGCACUAUUUUAGGGUGAGUAUUAGAAUAAGCUGCCGCAAUAUUUGUAGCCAUAGGUGAUAUCUCUCUAGGAGCUGAUUUGUAGGUAAAUAUUUGAAAGGGAGAAUACUGAUCCGAGUGCAGCGCUGCCUUUCUUGCGAGCGUAUCAGAAUCGACAUAUGCCUCAGACGCAAUUAGUGAAUGUUCUAUCUGCAUGUUGUUUUGGUAAACACAUGUUACAGCUUCGGCUGUUGUACCAAAUAUGCAUAAUUAAAACACUCCUAAACCUAAAUUCAAUCGUAAUCGGGAAACCGUAGGGGGCGUGUCUGUUUAUAGGAAGAUUUAUUCUUGCAAAUAGUUCUGGGAAUUUGGGGAAAUUAGUUUGAACGAUUGCAACUGCAGAGAUCAUUUAUUAAUAAUAACUUAAAUGAAAAACAGAAAAUAAAUUAUACUAUGUAAAUAACUGUAAAUAUAAAAGUAAAAUAUAAAAUGUACUUUUGUUCCUCCCCUUUUAUGUUUAAUACUCAUGUGAUAUAUCUUCAUGUCAAGGAGCAGAGCCUGCUGAUGAGAUGGGAUGGAAUGAGUGUCAUUGACUAAAGGGAAAACCCCUCACAUACUGCAGGAGAAACAUCAAGACUGCAGAGUGUUGGGUUACGGAGAAUAAAUUGUCAGGACCUCAGGGUCAUAACUGUUCCCUGUCAUUAUGUUCACUCAAUGAAUGGAAACAAUCCGGUUGGAAAACAUCCAGAAAACCUUUGCAUGGAUGAUCAGUAUUAUGAAAUCCUCCCAGGAUGCUGUGUGGCACUUUCUGAUCUCAGAUCCUGAGGGAGAGGAAAAUAAAGAUAAAUGGGAAAAGAGUGGUAAAUAAAAUCAGAGGGAAAUAGGUUCAGUCGGACACAAUGAGGAGAAUUCAUAUAAAAGAUGUUCUGUGCACCCUGCUCAUGUUGGGGCUACUCUGUCUGAUGUUGUAUGCCCAUCAAGGCUUCACUUCCACCUGGGACACCUGGCAGUUAGAGCAGGGCUGUACCAGCUCACGCGCUCUUUUAGGGCCCCCACCAGAGAGCCAUGUAACUAAACGGGUCCCUUCUACGCCCCCAGACAAGACAAAGUGCCAGUCUCCGCAUCAGUCCCAUUCUAAGUCUCAGACAUACCCCAAGUCUAAACUUCAGUCUAAAUCCAAAUCUAAGUCAAAGAAAGAUGAGGGGACAAAGGCUGUUCCGGUUUUACCCACACGACCACCUUUUGACUUUGAGGGUUACCUGAGGGAUAAGGACAACCGGGACUUCAGACUGCUGAUGGACCAGCUAGGGAAGUGCUCAGGCGAGCCCUACAUGCUCAUUGCUAUCAAGUCAGUAGUGGCAGACUUUGAAAGGAGACAGGUAGUGCGGCGCACCUGGGGAAGAGAGGGUGUUCUCCAGGAUGGGCAGACAGUAAAGACUGUAUUCCUCCUUGGGGUGCCCAGGAACAAGACCGCCCUGCCUUUCUGGGACCGGCUCCUUGCCUACGAGAGCCACACCUUUGGGGACAUUCUCCUCUGGGACUUUGAUGACACAUUUUUCAACUUGACACUUAAAGAGACCCACUUCCUCCAGUGGGUGAAUGACAGCUGCUCCAAUGUCCAGUUCAUCUUCAAAGGUGACGCUGAUGUCUAUGUGAAUAUUGAGAACAUUCUGGAGAUGAUGAAGGGUCAGAAGCCUGAUAAGGACCUCUUUGUGGGUGAUAUAAUCCAUCAUGCCCGCCCCAUCCGCCGGCGCAGCAGCAAGUACUUUGUGCCUGAGUUUGUGUACGGCCAGACAAUGUAUCCGUCAUAUGCUGGAGGGGGGGGCUUUGUGAUGUCUGGUCACACCGCCAGGCGGCUGAGUGAAGCGUGUCAGCAGGUAGAACUAUUCCCUAUCGACGAUGUGUUCUUAGGCAUGUGCUUACAGAGAAUUGGAGUGAAACCGUCACACCAUGAGGGUUUUCGUACAUUUGGCAUUGUGCGCCCCUCUGCUGCUCCCCACCUCCAGGUGUUUGACCCUUGUUUCUACAGGGAGCUGAUGGUGGUACACAGCCUGACAGUGCCACAGAUCUGGCUCAUGUGGAACCUGCUGCAUGACCCCCAACUGAGCUGUCACAGUAACCCGACCCCCACCCAGUGGCCCUUCAAGUGGAGGGGCAAGGUACUCGGGACAACAGGACAAAAGGACUCAGAGACAACAGUGGAACAGGACUAUGAUGUUACAGUGUUUGUAAAGCAUUGAGGGGUUUGGUUUAAGUUGAUCAGAGGGACUACACUGUGAAAGCCAUUGGGAUAUGGAAGCUGUGAUUGAAUGUUUGCUAGUUAUUUUGAGGUUUUUGCUUAAAAGUUUACAGCCAAUGUAAAUGUACUCAUUUUCUAAGAAAAAAAACAUGUUAUCUUGUUCAUUAACAUCCUGGAUGUAAAACCAGUCUGUAUACUGGUGGUAAUGUUUAAAAUAUCCCUGCUCCAUUUAGGUACAGUAUGACUGAAUUCAUUUUUGUAUUUUAUUGCACAGAGCCUCAAUAAGGUCAAUAUUGACGGAAGCAUGUGCCAGGUUGAUUUUGUGAAAUUGAAUGUACAUUACAGUGUUGUCAAUUAUGAAUCGUUGUGUGUGAUAACACAUCAUAUUACACCUGUACGUAGACUUGAAAGGGAAGUUAGGGGAGGCAAAGCUCAAUGCAUCAACUGUAUAGGACACAUUACUGCACUUUAUACUCCUCUGUAAACUGGUCAUCUCUGUACACCUGUCGCAAUACCCACUGGUUGAUGCUUAUUUAUAAAACCCUCUUAGGCCUCACUCCCCCCUCCACAUACAACACCCGUUCUGCCAGUCACAUUCUGUUAAAGGUCACCAAAGCAAAUACAUCCCUGGUUCGCUCCUCUUUUCAGUUCGCUGCAGCUAGCGACAAGAACGAGCUGCAACAAACACUCAAACUGGACAGUUUUAUCUCAAUCUAUUCAUUCAACGACUCAAUCAUGGACACCCUUGCUGACAGUUGUGGCUGCUUUACGUGAUGUAUUCUUGACCUUCUUGCCCUUUGUGCUGUUAUCUGUACCCAAUAAUGUUUGUACCAUGUUGUUAUGUUGCUACCAUGCUGUGUUGUCAUGUGUUGCUGCCUUGCUAUGUUGUUGUCUUAGGUCUCUAUGUAAUGUUGUGUGUUUUGUCCUAUAUUUAUAUAGUAUUUUUUAUAUAUUUUUUAAAAUACCAGGCCCCCGUCCCCGCAGGAGGCCUUUUGCCUUUUGGUAGGCCGUCUUUGUAAAUAAGAAUUUGUUCUUAACUGACUUGCCUAGUUAAAUAAAGGUUCAAUCAAAAAAUAACUGUAGCUGUGGUAGGAAGUCCCCAAGGGACCUCGUUAUAUAGUUCCACACUCUGGGGGAACUUUCCUAGAAAUGUUCCAGCAGAGGUAUGAACACAAAGAAACAGUUCACACCUUAUGUGCAUCUUUUUUUUAGUUCAUAAUUAGACACUGAAGAUGACAAUCACCAAGCAACAAACCAAAGCUCAGAUUCCAAGAACACAGGAUGAGAUGUUACUAUCCUUUGUGCAAGCACUUCCAAGAGUUAAUGAACAGUGAGCGUGGUGAAAUUUGGGGAGCGCAUCGUCAGUAGUGUACCUUUGGUUCCUAGGGUGUUUCGGCCUUUCACACUAUACACCCUCCCCAAAGGCGGCCAGCGACAGGGUGAUCAGAGUAAAGCCUGAACAUGAGUGGGUGGGUGGUGUGCUAUCAUUUACAAUACUUCUGAUAAUCAGACAUCAUACAUGGUGUUCCUUUUCAAACCUGUAUGUUCAGCUACACCUUCAACUGUCGUCCAAAUGCUUUCUUUACAUUUACAUUUAAGUCAUUUAGCAGACGCUCUUAUCCAGAGUGACUUACAAAUUGGUGCAUUCACCUUAUGACAUCCAGUGGAACAGUCAC